UCGCGGCGCAUUUAACUGCGCUGCGUUUCCGACGGCGAUUCAUUGUCGAGUCUCUGGUGGAAGCCGAGUGCGGCGUGUGUUGUCUUCACCUUUUGUCCGCGCUGGUGCCGAACUCUCACAAACAAGCUCUCAUCUCGGAAUGACGCGGGCGUGGGCUGUAGGACUUCUAAUCGGGCUGUUAGCCUUCGGUGCUGUGAAGGCCGACGAUGAAGUGGACGCGGACGGCACCGUGGACGAGGACCUGGGCAAAAGCCGGGACGGCUCCAAGACGGACGACGAGCUCGUUCAGAGAGAGGAGGAAGCCAUCCAGCUGGAUGGUCUGAACGCAGCCCAAAUUAAGGAACUCCGGGAAAAGUCUGAGAAGCACGCCUUUCAGGCCGAGGUCAAUCGCAUGAUGAAGCUGAUCAUCAACUCCUUGUACAAGAAUAAGGAAAUCUUCCUCAGGGAGCUGAUCUCCAACGCUUCCGACGCCCUGGAUAAGAUCCGCUUGUUGUCACUCACCGACGACUCUGCGCUGGCCUCCAACGAAGAGCUGACCAUCAAAAUUAAAUCGGACAAGGAGAAGAACAUGCUCCACAUCACAGACACGGGCAUCGGCAUGACCAAAGAGGAGCUGGUGAAGAACCUGGGCACCAUCGCAAAGUCGGGCACAAGCGAGUUCCUCAACAAGAUGACGGAGAUGCAGUCAGAGGACCAGUCCACCUCGGAGCUGAUCGGGCAGUUCGGCGUGGGCUUCUACUCGGCCUUCCUAGUGGCCGACGAGGUCGUCGUCACCUCCAAGCACAACAACGGCACGCAGCACAUCUGGGAGUCGGACUCCAACCGGUUCUCCGUCAUCGAGGACCCCCGCGGGGACACGCUGGGCCGCGGGACCACCAUCACGCUGGUGAUGAAAGAGGAGGCGUCGGACUACUUGGAGCUGGAGACCAUCAAGAACCUCGUCAGGAAGUAUUCGCAGUUCAUCAACUUCCCCAUUUACGUUUGGGCCAGCAAGACCGAGACCGUGGAGGAGCCUGUUGACGAAGAUGCCGAGGAACCGGACAAAGAAGCUUCUGAAGACGAGGCCGAGGUGGAGGAGGAGGAAGAGGACAAAGACAAGCCCAAAACCAAAAAGGUUGAGAAGACGGUGUGGGAUUGGGAGCUGAUGAACGACAUCAAGCCCAUCUGGCAGAGACCAGCCAAGGAGGUUGAGGACGACGAGUACAACGCUUUCUACAAGACCUUCUCCAAGGACAACGACAACCCUCUGGCUCACAUCCACUUCACGGCCGAGGGCGAGGUCACCUUCAAGUCCAUCCUGUUCGUGCCCACCGCCGCCCCCCGCGGCCUCUUCGACGAGUACGGCUCCAAGAAGAACGACUACAUCAAGCUUUUUGUCAGGAGGGUUUUCAUCACUGACGACUUCAACGACAUGAUGCCCAAAUAUCUCAACUUUGUCAAGGGAGUGGUUGAUUCUGAUGACCUUCCUCUGAACGUGUCCCGAGAGACUCUCCAGCAGCACAAACUGCUUAAGGUGAUCCGUAAGAAACUGGUGCGCAAAACUCUGGACAUGAUCAAGAAGAUCGCCGAGGAGGUGUACGACGACAAGUUCUGGAAGGAGUUCGGCACCAACAUCAAGCUGGGCGUCAUCGAGGACCACUCCAACCGCACCCGCCUGGCCAAGCUGCUGCGCUUCAACACGUCCAACAGCGACACGGUGCUGGCCAGCCUGGAGCAGUACGUGGAGCGCAUGAAGGACAAGCAGGACAAGAUCUACUUCAUGGCCGGCACCAACAGGAAGGAGGCCGAGGCGUCUCCCUUCGUGGAGCGGCUGCUGAAGAAGGGCUACGAGGUGAUCUACUUGACGGAGCCCGUGGACGAGUACUGCAUCCAGGCGCUGCCCGAGUUCGACGGCAAGCGCUUCCAGAACGUGGCCAAGGAGGGCGUCAAGUUCGACGAGAGCGACAAGGCCAAGGAGAAGCGCGAGGCGCAGGAGAAGGAGUACGAGCCGCUCGCCACCUGGCUCAAGGACAAGGCGCUCAAGGACAAGAUUGAGAAGGCGGUUCUGUCUCAGAGACUGACCAACUCCCCGUGUGCGCUGGUGGCCAGUCAGUACGGCUGGUCGGGCAACAUGGAGAGGAUCAUGAAGGCGCAGGCGUACCAGACGGGAAAAGAUAUUUCCACAAAUUACUACGCCAGCCAGAAGAAAACGUUAGAAAUCAACCCCAAGCAUCCCCUCAUCAAGCAGAUGCUCAAGCGGGUCAACGACGACGCCGACGACCAGACGGCGGCCGACCUGGCCACCGUCCUCUUCGAGACGGCCACCCUGCGCUCGGGCUACCAGCUGGCCGACACCAAGGCGUACGGCGACAGGAUAGAACGCAUGCUGAGACUCAGCAUGAACAUACCGCUGGAGGAGCAGGUGGAAGAGGAGCCUGAGGAAGAACCCGAAGCGCCAGCCGAUACGGAGGACGCCGACGAUUCCGAGGAAGCUGGAGAUGAGGAGGAGGUCGUGGAUGAGGAGGAGGAUGAUGAAGAAAAAGAAGCGGUAAGGCAUAUUGUGUCUCGAAUAAAUGCAGGAAUGAGUAUAGAAAUCCCCGCGGGCCUGACGGAGCUGUUGCAGCGCUUUACCGUGGAAGUGCUGAGGAACCAGCCGGGGGACCUGCUCGACUUCGCCCUGCAGUACUUCACCCGCCUCAACGAGCGCCGCGAUGGGGACGAGGACGACGGGGAGCCGCCGCCGCCGCACGGGCAGCCGAGAGGCGGCGGCACCGGCAAGGCGGUCAAUUUCCUCGACGAGGCCAUGCACAUCGACUCCGAGAACGGAGAAGACGACGAAGACGACGAAGAUUUUCAAGUGUGUGCCGAAGCCUUCAAUCCGGAUGAAGAUGACGAGGAUAAAGAGCCCCGGGUCGCCCACCCCAAAACAGACGAGCAGCGACAAAGAUUACAGGAAGCGUGUCGGGACAUUCUUCUUUUCAAGAACUUGGAUCCUGAAGAGAUGUCACAAGUGUUGGACGCCAUGUUUGAGAAGUUCUGCUCCGAAGGGGAACACGUCAUCGACCAGGACGACGACGGGGACAACUUUUAUGUGAUUGAAAGGGGGACCUUCAACAUUUUCGUCAAAGCGGACAGUGCCGAGAAGCUGGUGGGUCGCUACGACAACCGUGGCAGCUUCGGAGAACUGGCGCUGAUGUACAACACGCCCAGGGCGGCCACCAUCGUCGCCACCUUGCCUGGAGCGCUCUGGGGCCUCGAUCGUCUGACGUUCCGGAGGAUCAUCGUGAAGAACAACGCCGAGAAGAGGAAGCUGUACGAGGCCUUCAUCGAAACCCUGCCGCUGCUCACGUCGCUGGAGCUUUCCGAGCGGAUGAAGGUGGUGGAUGUGAUAUCGACUAAAGUGUACUGUGACUCGCAGCAGAUUAUUGCACAGGGGGAUUUGGCAGAUUGUUUCUACAUUGUGGAGUCCGGCCAAGUUCGGAUCACCAUCAAGAGAAGCAGGACGAAAAAGGAGCAGGACGACGAGGAAGUGGAAAUCGCCCGGUGCGCCCGGGGCCAGUAUUUCGGGGAGUUGGCGCUGGUCACGAACAAGCCCAGAGCUGCUUCCGCCUACGCCGUGGGGAGCGUCAAAUGCUUGGUGAUGGACGUCAACGCCUUCGAGCGACUUCUGGGGCCGUGCAUGGACAUCAUGAAAAGGAACAUUGCCAACUAUGAGGAGCAGCUCCUCACUCUGUUUGGAGGCGGCGCCGAGAUGGAGAAGCAGUGCGCGUGAAAGCCCCAGCUCGGA